UUCCGAAUAUGCACUCACUUUGUUGUCAUUUCCACUAAUUUUCGCCUAACCUUGGUACUUAAGGAAGUAUUUUUCUUUUUAUCUGCAGCUUUUGUUAUUUCCCGUUGCGUGUGGCCACAGAAAAGUUGCCUUUACCGGAAGAAGUUCCGUUCCUCUUCGAGAUAUUAUUUUGACCAUCGACGAAGAAAUUCCCACAGAGCAAGAUUUUCAAGAACUAAAAACUAACGCUCUACCCUAUUUAUCAGACGUUCAGACUGCUCUGGAAAAGGGAUGGAGGCCAACCAAUUAUUUUUUCGCAGGAAGCACAGUAGAGAGAUUUGGCAUCGCAAUGAUGAUUUCGCAAGAACCAAGAUGCUUCGGAAAGGCACCCUUAGGCUCAUUAGAUGCCGACCUUGACAUGAUGUUUUGCUGUUCGGGAGUAAAAGCUUCCUUUUCUGGUCAGGAUGAUCUUCUUGUUGAGCCAGUUUUCAGUGGUAAGGAAGGUUUCACGGGAUAUGCUCACCUUACUUACUUCACUCCCAGCGUCGAGAAAGUAUUUGUCAGUUCAACCCUUCACAGACAGAAGGCGAUUGGUGCUGUUCAAAACAUGCCCGUGGACAAUCUACCCAGCGAUACAUGUUGUUUUGGCACAAUCGACUCCGGCCCCAAAGUCAGUUUCAGCUCCAGGGGGCCCACGAUGAAGCUUUGUAUUGCUCCUCUUUUCGAGGCUGACUUCACCAUCUGUAUCCAUUGCCUUGAGUGGCCAUACAUGAGUGACUGGUCUUCUCGUCCAAGGUACUGGCCCAGUGCAACAGAUGUAGAGAGAAUCUUGUCACUUGGUUGCCAUCUUGUGGCCAAACCAGCACCAAGCGACAAGAAUAAAACGAGCUGGAGAUUUUCGUUUUCCCUCGCCGAGGUGGAGCUUUCCAAACUUGUCCCAGACACAGCGAGGAAAUGUUUCUUAGCUCUAAAAAUUAUCCUGAAAGACCAUCUUCAACCCGUGGAGCCAAGACUUACUUCUUAUCACAUCAAAACUAUUUUCUUGAAUAUUCUUGAAAAAAUACCAGUUGGUUUCUGGGUGGAGGAAAACAUAGAAGAAUGUUUCCUGGUAUUGCUAGCGGAGCUUCGAGAUGCUUUGAAGUCCAGAAAUUGUCCCCAUCACUGGUUCAGCUCCGUCAAUUUGUUCAAAUCAGAGGUUUCGCUGUUUUGCUUGAACACCAUGCACUGGCUGUCUUUGGUUAAGAAAGUGGAAAGAAUUCUGCGCAACCCUGCUUCAUUCAUUUUUGACGAUGGAUGCUGUUGUCUUUUACCGUGCUGCUGUCCGGUGCCGCAUCAAAUAUUUACUCGACGAACCGGCGAUCAACUGUCUACAGAUUAUAUGGAGAUCCCAUUUUCUGUCAAUGGUCAUGGAGACCCGUCGGUUGGUGAUUACGCUGGUCAAUUAUCACCUGAAUUCCCAUCUCCAAGGUCUGAAGCUCAUCUCCACGGUGAAAGUUUGUUUGAACACAACAAAGAACAAGUAAUCACUUCUGAACCAGAUCGAUUUGUUGCACCAGGAGCCUGUUUGUAUCCGAGUGAACCUGCAGACCAGGUAUUGUUUCUUCCCGUGUAGAACAUUUACCUCCACUCAAAGAUCAUAUGAUAGCUUAUUAGAACUGCUGUUUCAGACAGAAUAGGCGACAACUUCCUCUCAGAUGUCUUCGUGUCAGUCCAUAUUGAGGACACACUGCAACAGGCUCAUAAUACAAGACCAACCUUGAAGGAAAUUUUUUUUAAUUGUUGUACCAGUUUAACAUUUUUUAAUAUAUUUCGAGCCAUUUUUUAACAUCGCUCACACUCCUCACCUCACUUACUAGCUAAGUCGUUAAAAAAGGGUGUGAGUCCUCGAUUUUGGUCCUUUUAGAUAAAAAUUACCGAUAAGAACCGUUUGGUACACGAUUUCCCCAGAACAGCUACUUACUUACAUAUUCAAACACUACACAGAGUAAUUGUG